GUUCCGACCCCCGGAUCUCCGGCUUCCGGCAACUCCAAGGGACCGGAACCUACGCGGAGCUUCUGAGGCCGGAGCCUUCCCGGGACCGGCUGGACGCCGAGCCCCCCGAGAUGAGAAUACUGAGACCCCGAGGAGCCCAAAGUCAUACAGCGAGAAGCAGCAGAAUCAGGAAUGAAACCCAGACCUCUGCGAAUUUGCUUCCUAAUAAUUGGGAGAAGACCCACUGGCUGAAUGGCAGCUGUAGAUGACUUGCAGUUUGAAGAAUUUGGUGAUGUAGCCAUUUCUUUAGCAGCAAACACAGAUGCCACCACAAUAAGCAUUGAAGAUCCUAGUGAAACCCCCAAACAUCAGCGAGGACCCCCAAGAGCCUCAGGGAGAGAAGAGGACGAUGAGUUGCUGGGAAAUGACUCUGACAAAACUGAGUUACUUGCUGGACAGAAGAAAAGCUCCCCGUUCUGGACAUUUGAAUACUAUCAAACAUUCUUUGAUGUAGACACUUACCAGGUCUUUGACAGAAUCAAAGGGUCUCUUUUGCCAAUACCAGGAAAAAACUUUGUGAGGUUAUAUAUCCGCAGCAAUCCAGACCUCUAUGGCCCCUUUUGGAUAUGUGCCACAUUGGUCUUUGCCAUAGCAAUUAGUGGGAAUCUUUCCAACUUCUUAAUCCAUCUGGGAGAGAAGACAUACCAUUAUGUACCCGAAUUCCGAAAAGUGUCCAUAGCAGCCACCGUCAUCUAUGCCUAUGCCUGGCUGGUUCCUCUCGCACUCUGGGGUUUCCUCCUGUGGAGAAACAGCCGAGUUAUGAACAUCGUUUCCUAUUCGUUUUUGGAGAUUGUGUGCGUUUAUGGAUAUUCACUCUUCAUUUAUAUCCCCACAGCAAUACUGUGGAUUAUUCCCCAGAAAGCUGUUCGUUGGAUUCUAGUCCUAAUGGCCCUGGGCAUCUCAGGCUCUGUCUUGGCAAUGACAUUUUGGCCAGCCGUCCGUGAGGAUAAUCGGCGCAUCGCGUUGGCCACAAUUGUGACAAUCGUGGUGCUUCACAUGCUGCUUUCUGUGGGCUGCUUGGCAUACUUUUUCGAUGCACCAGAGAUGGACCAUCUCCUAACAGCUACAGUUGUUCCAAACCAAACAGUUGCAGCAGCCAAGUCUAGCUAACGAGGAAAUCCUCUUUUGUGUUUUUUGGAGUGUGGUUCUUUUGGACACCAAAGCCAGCAGGAAAACUGAUGGAACGGCACCAACCGCUAACAUCUGGAUGGUGCUGCAUGGAAACCUCAUCACCUAUUUAACAAAUGAAAAUUAAAUGUUGUUCAGCA